UAGGCUAUUUAUCCAGAUAUAAGUCAUUCAGCGUACACCUGUCCUGUCAACACUUUACACACACACGGUGGACCGACGAGACAACACUAUUCAAAAGGGGAGACAGGAUGACCAGUCUAGACGAGGUUCCCUUUAAGAGCCCUCUGGGGCCACUACAGGAGCUGGGGCCCCUGGGAGGAGAGAUAGAGCUGGUUACGGCCCCAGAGUUCACUAUACCAGACCACCUCCAAAUACUACAAGACACUGAGUAUGAGUUCACCUUAGAGAACUGGGUGAUGUCUGCGCUCCAUGGAGGAUGCUACCGACCCUGGGAUGCCCCGCCCCCAUCCUGUCCUCCGUACUGGCUCAUGUUCUCCAGUCCCCAGGAGAGUCGCUCGGCCAGCAGGUGGAACAGUGAUCUGCGGGGCUCUGCCCUCCGACCAAGGAGUCACAGCCUAAGCUCUGUGGACACACGUCACCUUAACCACCACCCUCAACCCCACCCCCACCACCGCUGCCAGCAUAGCCACCGAAAAAUCAAGUUAAUGGUCUCCGACUCGGAAGACGAAGCUGGCUACUCAGAAGACGACGAGGGUUCCUCCACUGAAGAUAACGCCUCAGACUCAAAGACACAACGUGGAGCCUAUCACGGUGGUGAACGGCCUCGGUCGCAAAGCUCUGCACCAAAACACCCAUUAUCCAGAGUCAAAGACCACCAUCUUGGAUCUUCAGGAUCUUCCUCGGCUCAUCACCACUCUAACCAGCCUUCCACUGGUGGUGAACGGCCACGGUCGCAAAGCUCUGCACCAAAACACCCAUUAUCCAGAGUCAAAGACCACCAUCUCGGAUCUUCAGGCUCUUCCUUGGCUCAUCACCACUCUAACCAGCCUUCCACUGGAGGUCGAGGCUACCAGGGUCGCAACAGGAGGGCCAACUCUUCCUCCGUCCUGGACUGCAGGAGGCAAGGGUCAUUCACCGGGCUCAAACAGGAGCAGGGGCGUACCAUCAGCCCACUUUGCCAUGGUCAGGCCAGCAGUCCCCAGUGCCAUGGUCAGGCCAGCAGUCCCCAGUGCCAUGGUCAGGCCAGCAGUCCCCAGUGCCAUGGUCAGGCCAGCAGUCCCCAGUGCCAUGGUCAGGCCAGCAGUCCCCAGUGCCCUGGUCAGGCUAGCAGUCCCCAGUGCCCUGGUCAGGCUAGCAGUCCCCAGUGCCAUGGCGAUCAGAGGCACUAUAGCAGAAAGAGGCAGCGUUCUUUGUGGUCAACGGGAAGGAAAAAUUCUGUGACCCCACAGCAGCCACAACGACCCUCUUCAGCUGGCCCUGAAAUCAAGAACAACAGGCAGACUACUCUGCGUCCGCGUAGCUCACACGGCGUAGGCUGUGACUCAUCUGCAGAGUUGCUGACGGCCCUAAGUCAGGAAGAAAGAGAGCUACUGGAGGCCAUCACUGAGCAGGGCUACCAUCUACACACUGCCAUCCUGGCUUUGCAGAAGACUGGCCACCGCAACCCACAACAGAUCCUGAGUUACCUGGUUGCCAGUGACCGUCUGUGUGCGCUGGGCUACGAAGAGGCUCAGGUGGAGGAGGCCAUGGAGAUGUUCCAGAACUGUGAGAGCAAGGCUGGUGAAUUCCUGCAGCUCCUGGCUCAGUUCAAUGAGAUGGGCUUCCAGCAGAGUGCCAUCAAAGAGGUUCUACUGGUCCACGAGAACCACAGGGAGAGGGCCCUGGAGGAUCUAAUGACACAGCACAACUAAUGGCUGUUCUACUGGUCCACGAGAACCACAGGGAGAGGGCCCUGGGGGAUCUUAUGGCUGUUCUUCAAAGAGGUUCUACUGGUCCACGAGAACCACAGGGAGAGGGCCCUGGGGGAUCUUAUGGCUGUUCUACAAAGAGGUUCUACUGGUCCACGAGAACCACAGGGAGAGGGCCCAAUGACACAGCACAACUAAUGGCUGUUAAACAAGAGGUUCUACUGGUCCAUGAGAACCACAGGGAGAGGGCCCUGGGGGAUCUAAUGACACAGCACAACUAAUGGCUGUUCUACUGGUCCAUGAGAACCACAGGGAGAGGGCCUUGGGGAAUCUCAUGGCUGUUCUACAAAGAGGUUCUACUGGUCCACGAGAACCACAGGGAGAGGGCCCUGGGGGAUCUCAUGACUGAUAUACAAAGAGGUUCUACUGGUCCACGAGAACCACAGGGAGAAGGCCCUGGAGGAUCUCAUGACAACGGAGGGCUCUAUUUAUUCCGUAAUCGCAGAAAUUCUCAAAUUGAGGGCAAUGUUCCCACAUUCACGGUAAACGCUGCAGAUUGUCGGCUUAAUAGGAAAAUAGCGUGAAAUAAUGCUUCAGCGAUACAGAUUAAAUAGAGCCCAUUAUACCGCUGAUUAAUGUGCAGCAAUAUAGUAACCUUUUAAUGGGUCAUGUUCAUUAGGGCACACUGUAGCAGAACAUUUUGAAACACAAAACAAAAGUGUGUGGCAGUCCUUUUAUGAACACAGCCAUGGGGUUUUUACUCCAUCAGAAUAUAGAUAUGAUGGAUUAUUGAUUUGCGAGUAAACAUUUAUUUUCACC